UUGUGUCGUUGUGUGCGCAGCGUGCGGCUGCUGCUGCGGCUUCUAGUGAGAGAAGUGGCAGGUACCCCAAAAUACCUCCCAGCAAAGAUCCAGUGGCUCGGAUGUGACUUUAACAGCUGACUAACCUACAAUAAACUCCGAUAUAUGUGAAUUUGGCGGCUUGUUUCGCCCUUUCACCAGCUAUUUUAAAUGAUAGCCGAGCUUGGAAACAAUAGGACAGACUUAAAAGUACGCAGAAUUGGCUCAAAGUAAAGAUGCCUGAGCGGGUUCUCUCGUCGCGAUGGGGCUUGAAUUGAGGAACACGUAUCCCGAAAGAAGUCGCUGAAGUUGAAGACGCGCUCUCUUGAUGACCGCUGGGAUGUUGUGAACGACGCGUCGUUUGGGACAGAAGGAGCCAAAAAAAAAAAAAAAAAAAGAAGGAAAGAGAGGGAACCAUUCAGGGUUGGACCAGCACCCGGAGGGAUUAUGGCUCUCGUAACGUUUUCUCUCAGCCUCGUCACCCUGGUGCUUACAAACUUGCACCUUUCGAGAGCCAGCAGCCGUCAUGCGGUGUAUUGGAACAGCUCGAACCUGCAGCUUCGGAGAGAGGGAUACACCGUGCAAGUCAGCGUCAACGACUACCUGGACAUCUACUGCCCCCACUACAACACCAGCCAGCGUGGGACUCUGGAGCGCGUGGUGGCCGAGCAGUACAUCCUCUACAUGGUGAACUACCGGGGCUACUACACCUGCAACCCCCAGAUGGGUGUCAAACGCUGGGAGUGCAACCGGCCCCAUGCGCCGCACACGCCCAUCAAGUUCUCUGAGAAGUUCCAGCGGUACAGCGCCUUCUCGCUGGGCUACGAGUUCACCGUGGGCCAGGAGUACUACUACAUCUCCACACCCAUCCACCAUCACGGCCACAGCUGCCUGAGACUGAGGGUCUUCGUCUGCUGCUCCACUGCCUCUCAGGCAGAUGACGACUCCAGUCAAACUUCUCCCGACUACACAGUCAGGCCGAACAUCAAAAUACACAACAUUGAUGAAUUUAACCCUGAAGUUCCCAAGCUGGAGAAGAGCGUGAGCGGCAGCAGCCCGUCACGUGACCGCCUUCUCCUCACCGUGGCAACGAUGCUCGUGCUGGCCGUCCUGUUGUCCUAGCGACCGUCACGGGGAGCUUGUUGGACCGUCUUGUCCAAAGGGCUUUGUAUCCCUACAAGUUUUUUUUUUUUUUUUUUGAAGAUGUGAUAGCUAAACGAAGCAAACAAAGAAAAGACAAAGAAAAAAGAAGCGAGGCCUUUUUGCUGUCAUAUUUACACCUGUAUCACAUGAAAACUACAAUAUUUCAUGCAGGUGUGAUGACCACAUGGAGAUUACAACCAAUAUUAAGAAUCCAAUUUUUAUUGUGCUGCUCUCAAUGGAUGCAGAUGAGGAAUUUUUUUGUAGCAUGAUAGAGAACAGAAAAUUUGAAGCAUAACUCUCAUCGGAAGGAAGGUUUUUGUGUUGGCUUUGAAGAAGAUGACAACUUUAGACUCUAGAGUGGAUUUUUUUUAAAGCUUUGCUGCAUCAAACCAAACUUUGAUGUGGUAAAAAAAAAAAAAAAAAGGCAAGAUGGACUUUAGAAACUGUAACAAGGCCUUUAUAUGAUUAGUGAGUAAUCAAAACCACUGUCAUUGUCCUGGACAUUGUAGAAUGUUUUCAUACUGGUGUGUGGUAGCUGCUGGUGAUAAAAGCCCAGGGAAAAGGGUGAGAAUUUAUAAGAAUAUCCAAGGGCCCUUCAGUAAUCCAUUUUCUCCAGACAUCAAAUAUUCUCUGGCUUUGUGAUGGGCACAGAUUCAAAGCCUGCUUUUCUUCGAAGGGUACCGGGUGCCCCUCAGUAUUUUGUCUGCAUUUUCUGCCUUUGCACUGUAACAACCCGAGGAAAAUACAGGCCCUGGACUAGUAAUUUGACGGCACUUAGACGCACUAGAUGUGGCAUAGACGUGCGUUUUGUUCUGCCGCAUUUACCUCCAGCAAUGGGCUUAGAAAAGUUCCAGAUGUCAAAUCUUAAAAAAAAAAAAA